UGUUUUCCUUCUGACGUAUAAUAAAUCAUCAGCUCCCCUCUCCGGCCGUGGAGGAAGCAAGUACCUAUAAAUACGCCCCCGCAAGCAAGCCCGCGCCAGCGCCACCGACCCAGCUGCAAACGGCCGGCCAUGGACUCCACCGAUCCCCCGCCGGCGUCGCCUUCCUCGCCCGGGCCACCAGGCGGCCAGCCGUCCCCGCCGAAGCGGCCCGCGGGGCGCACCAAGUUCCAGGAGACGCGGCACCCGGUGUUCCGCGGGGUGCGGCGGCGCGGGCGCGCGGGGCGGUGGGUGUGCGAGGUGCGCGUGCCGGGCAGCCGCGGGGACCGCCUGUGGGUGGGCACGUUCGACACCGCCGAGGCCGCCGCGCGCGCGCACGACGCCGCCAUGCUCGCGCUCUGCGGCGCCGCCGCCAGCCUCAACUUCGCCGACUCCGCCUGGCUGCUCCACGUGCCGCGCGCCCCCGCGGGCCUGCCCGGCGUCCAGCGCGCCGCCACCGACGCCGUCGCGGCGUUCUUGCGGACGCAGCAACCGCGCGGCGGCGGGGACGCGCCCGCCGCCGCCUCGCAGGGUCAGCGCGCCAAUGCCGCCACGGAGACGGAGUUGGACCACGCCGGCGCGUCGGCGGCGGCGGUGGACGGUGGCGGCGGCAGCGUGGUUGAGGUGGAUGUGUUCGGCGGCAUGGACGACGCCGGGUCCUACUACGCGAGCCUGGCGCAGGGGCUGCUCAUCGACCCGCCGCCGCCCGCCGUAGAGUGCCCCGAGGAGGAGGAUGACGAUUGCGGCGGCGCUGGUGAGAUGGAGCUGUGGGACUAGCCACCUAGCUCUAGCCGCCCCCCGAGUUAGGAGUAGGGCAGAGGAUUAACGAACGCUGUGCGUGCCCGCAAACAAAACAAUCUGAUUUUCGUUUUA